GCCCCGAUGUGGCCGGAGGCGAUGCGGCGGCGCCGCUACCUGCGGGACCGCGCGGAGGAGGCGGGCGGCGGCGCGGGGCCGCGGCGGUCCCGGGACUGGCUGUACGAGUCCUACUACUGCAUGAGCCAGCAGCACCCGCUCAUCGUCUUCCUGCUGCUGCUCGUCAUGGGCGCCUGCCUCGCCCUGCUCGCCGUGUUCUUCGCGCUGCGCCUGGAAGUUGAAGACCACGUGGCGUUUUUAAUAACGGUUCCCACUGCCCUGGCGAUUUUCUUUGCGAUAUUCAUCCUCGUCUGCAUCGAGUCUGUGUUCAAGAGGCUGCUCCGCCUCUUCUCGGUGGUGAUAUGGGUCUGUCUCGUGGCCAUGGCGUACUUGUUUAUGUGUUUCGGGGGCACCGUCUCUCCUUGGGACCAGGUGUCCUUCUUCCUUUUCAUCAUCUUCGUGGUAUACACCAUGCUGCCCUUCAACAUGCGAGACGCCAUCAUCGCCAGCGUGCUCACCUCCUCCUCCCACACCAUCGUGCUGAGUGUCUGCCUGUCUGCGACGCCGGGGGCCAAGGAGCACCUGGUCUGGCAGAUCCUGGCCAACGUGAUCAUUUUCAUCUGUGGGAACCUGGCGGGAGCGUACCACAAGCAUCUCAUGGAGCUCGCUCUGCAGCAGACCUACCAGGACACGUGCAAUUGCAUCAAGUCCAGGAUCAAGCUGGAAUUUGAAAAACGUCAGCAGGAGCGGCUGCUGCUGUCCCUGCUGCCGGCUCACAUCGCCAUGGAGAUGAAGGCAGAGAUCAUCCAGAGGUUGCAGGGCCCCAAGGCCGGCCAGAUGGAGAACACCAACAACUUCCACAACCUGUACGUGAAGCGGCACACCAACGUCAGUAUCCUCUAUGCUGACAUUGUCGGGUUCACCCGGCUGGCCAGCGACUGCUCCCCAGGAGAGCUGGUCCAUAUGCUGAAUGAACUCUUUGGAAAGUUCGAUCAAAUUGCCAAGGAGAAUGAAUGCAUGAGAAUAAAAAUUUUAGGAGACUGCUACUACUGUGUGUCUGGACUCCCCAUCUCUCUCCCUAACCAUGCCAAGAAUUGUGUGAAAAUGGGACUGGAUAUGUGUGAGGCUAUAAAGAAAGUGAGGGAUGCGACAGGCGUCGACAUCAACAUGCGCGUGGGAGUGCAUUCUGGGAAUGUCCUGUGUGGCGUGAUUGGUCUGCAGAAGUGGCAGUAUGAUGUCUGGUCACAUGAUGUCACCUUGGCCAAUCACAUGGAAGCUGGAGGGGUUCCCGGACGUGUUCACAUUUCUUCUGUCACCCUGGAGCACUUGAAUGGAGCUUAUAAAGUAGAGGAAGGAGACGGUGACAUCAGGGACCCGUAUUUAAAGCAGCACCUGGUGAAAACCUACUUUGUAAUCAACCCCAAGGGGGAGCGCCGGAGCCCCCAGCACCUGUUCAGACCGCGCCACACCCUCGAUGGAGCCAAGAUGAGGGCCUCUGUGCGCAUGACCCGGUACCUGGAGUCCUGGGGGGCAGCCAAGCCCUUCGCACACCUGCACCACAGAGACAGCAUGACCACGGAGAACGGCAAGAUCAGUACCACGGAUGUACCAAUGGGUCAGCAUAAUUUUCAAAAUCGCACCUUAAGAACCAAGUCACAAAAGAAAAGAUUUGAAGAAGAAUUGAAUGAAAGGAUGAUUCAAGCAAUUGAUGGAAUUAAUGCACAAAAGCAAUGGCUCAAGUCUGAAGACAUUCAGAGAAUCUCACUGCUUUUCUACAAUAAAAUACUGGAAAAAGAGUACCGAGCCACGGCACUGCCAGCGUUCAAGUACUACGUGACCUGUGCUUGUCUCAUAUUCUUCUGCAUCUUUAUCGUGCAGAUUCUCGUGUUACCAAAGUUGCUGUCCAGCUCAUCUCUCCCAGGAGAGAUCUGGUCCAGGGGGGAGAAACUGAGUGAGCUGGAGUUCACACGUUCAGACUUCAGGGCCGACUUUCCCAAGCUCUACCAAUUGCAAUGCAGCAAGAAGGCUUCCGCCUCUCUCCUGUGGCUUUUGAAGCCGUCGGGCAUCAUCGCGAGCCGCCCCUGGCCAAGGGUCUCCCUCACGGUGAUCACCACGGCCAUCAUUUUAACCAUGGCCGUGUUCAACAUGUUUUUCCUGAGCGACGCAGAGGAAACAAUCCCUCCCACUGCCAACACAUCCAACAUGAGCCUUUCUGCCUCCAGUAACCAGGCAGCGAUUCUGCGGGCGCAAAACUUGUUUUUCCUUCCGUACUUCAUAUACAGCUGCAUUCUGGGAUUGAUAUCCUGCUCGGUUUUCCUGCGUGUGAAUUAUGAGUUGAAAAUGUUGAUCAUGAUGGUGGCGUUGGUGGGCUACAACAUCAUCUUUCUCCACACGCACGCCCACGUCCUGGAUGACUACAGCCAGGUGUUAUUUGAGAGACCAGGCAUUUGGAAAGACCUAAAGACCAUGGGCUCAGUAUCUCUCUUUAUAUUCUUCAUCACACUGCUUGUUCUGGGCAGACAGAAUGAAUAUUACUGUAGGUUAGACUUCUUAUGGAAGAACAAGUUCAAAAAAGAGCGGGAGGAGAUAGAGACCAUGGAGAACCUGAACCGAGUGCUGCUGGAGAAUGUGCUUCCCGCCCACGUGGCCGAGCAUUUCCUGGCCAGGAGCCUGAAGAAUGAGGAGUUAUACCACCAAUCCUACGACUGCGUCUGCGUCAUGUUUGCCUCCAUUCCGGAUUUCAAAGAAUUCUACACAGAAUCCGAUGUCAACAAGGAGGGUCUGGAAUGCCUGCGGCUCCUGAACGAGAUCAUCGCCGACUUUGACGAUGUAGGUAUUGAGCGUGACCCUGGAAAGGCAGGGCGGCCCCAUCCCACAUGGUGGCAUUUCCCUGGCCGGCACAUCGAGCCCGAGAGGCAGUACAUGCAUAUCGGCACCAUGGUGGAGUUUGCGUUUGCGCUCGUGGCGAAACUGGAUGCCAUCAACAAGCAUUCCUUCAACGACUUCAAGCUGCGAGUGGGGAUGAACCAUGGGCCUGUGAUAGCUGGUGUCAUCGGAGCUCAGAAGCCACAGUAUGAUAUCUGGGGCAACACCGUGAAUGUGGCAAGUAGGAUGGACAGCACUGGAGUCCUGGACAAAAUACAGGUUACGGAGGAAACGAGCCUCGUUCUGCAGACGCUGGGGUACACGUGCACGUGUCGAGGAAUCAUCAACGUGAAAGGAAAGGGGGAACUGAAGACGUACUUUGUGAACACAGAAAUGUCAAGGUCCCUUUCCCAGAGCAACCUGGCUUCCUGAACAGGCGCCUUCAUUUCGGCAGGAAGACUGUAUUUUUGGGGAGGUACAAUGCACUUUCUGACUGCGAUCCUUGUCCCUUGUUUUCGAUGUGCGUGCUCUGUUCUGUCCUCUGGAGCCUCUGCAGACUCAUUCCUGUGACCUGGUGGCAUACUGUUCGGUGUCUGAUGUGUGCCCAGAUUGCUCUGCCACUUGCACUGUGCUCACUCCUAAGGAGAAGGAGAAGGAUUGUGUGAUGGAGGGGAAAAGCCUUCAAAGGACUCACAUGGAUGAUAGAGGUGAAACACACAAAAAUUCUUAAGGCAAUAAAACUAGGGGUGUAUGUUAUCUUCAGGUGCAUGUUCUUUUUGGGGAAAUAUGGUAGCUCGCCAACCGCAUCUGCUAGUCUGAUAUUAAAACACAGUAUUUGUGAAUAAGUUGAUUCUGUCACCCCACAUGGAGUCUGACUGUGUCACCAAUGUGUCUCAUUGCCAGUGGCUGUCCACGGGCCCCAGGCGGGAUCCGUGGCUCUGUCACCUUGCUCUGCUGUGUCGUGCCAGCAGCACGUGGCCACCCAUCACCAGAAUUAGUUCUCACAACCUAGGACCAGUUUUGUACCAAACGCGUCUGAUGUUUUGAUGCCAUUGUCUUUUGUAAGGUUAAUUCAUUAAAAGUUUUAUGUACUUUG